GGGUGAUCCAGAACUGUCAGCCACCACCCCAGGGUGGGUUGUAGCCCUGUGUCAGCCUCUGUCACAGGCUGCUGGCUGAGGACUGGCUUUGCUCAUGGCUUGCUCUGUGUCUCUCAGGCAGGCCAGCUCAGCUCUGCUGCAGGGACCCUGCCAGCGAUGUGUAAAUGGCCUCAGAGCGGUGCUCGGAGUCUGCCCACCCCGUGAUUUUCAACAAGCUACCUCAUCCAGAGCCUGCCACCGCCUUCCUGCCCAGCAGAAUCCCUGCCACAUCCAGCCCUGUGCCCCACCCUGAAAACCUUUUCAACUACAAGGGCUCCUACUUUGCCUGCCCGCUGCAGAGCCCCGAGGGUCCCGAGCAGCCCCCGGCUGGCUGGAGCCCCGCGCCCGCCUACCUGCACCACAGCCCCAGUGCCCUGGGCCAGCCUGGGCCAGCUGAGGAGCCGCUGCUGGGCUUCCUGGUGCACCCAGCAGAGAGCCCAGGUGCUGGGCUGCAGCCCCCAGACUCCCAGCACAGCAAGGACAGGCUGAGCCAGAAGCAGCUGAUGCCCAGGAAGAAGCUGGACAGAGCCAGGUGCCCGUUGCCGGUGAAGAAGCCGCUGCUGGUGAAGAAGGCAGCCCCUCUAGCAGUCCCCAGGCCUGUGUACGGAGCCCCUGCCUCCUUCCUGGCUCCCAGGAUGGCUCUGCUACUGGGAACACAGGCACAGAGCCUGCAGCAGCGACCAGGGGUGGCAAACUGGGCCCUGCCCCCUGCCACCCACGCUCUGCACCCCAGCGAGCCCCACAAGACCGGUCCCUGCUCCGACCACGGCCUCGCGCUGCUGCCGUCCAGCCUGGCCCUGCCUCCCAAGGAGCAGCUGGGCUCUCCCAUCGCCUUACCCCACUGCUGUGUCACCUUUGAUAAGUAUGGGCCACCCCCCAGCAGCCCCUUCCUGGAAGCAAGUUGUCCCACUGCCCAGAGCCAGAAGAAGGUGCCAGAGCUCCCCAGCCUCAGCCUGGAGCCCUGGCCCAAGCUCCAGACACCAGACGCCAGCCCAGUGAGCAGGGAGAGGCCAGCAAUGUGCUACCCACCCUCUCCCUACCCGCUGUCACCUCACAGAGCUGGGCCCCUCUACCACCCCCCAGCUCCCACUGUGGGAGAGCCCAGUGCUCUGCCCACCUUUGGCUACGUGGGAAGCAGGGAGCCCUUUGCCAGCACCUACCUCAAGCCCCAAGUGCCCAGGAGUUACUUUCCCAGCCCCUUGGAGCCCUACGUGCAGAGCCCAGCGGGUGCCAGGCUGGGGGUGGUGCUGAGGGAUGCUGUGCCCCCCGAGCUGCCCAGGAGCACGGGGUACCCGGGGUUUGCCCUCAGCCCAGGUGAUGCAGCUGUGUUCCACGGCUCCUUUCCCAGCACAGAGCCGGGCUGUGAGCAGCACGGGGCGGACAGCCUGCACUGGAGAGCAGCACCGACGCACAGCAGCGCUUUCCAACCUGUCUGCACCGCAGAGAAGCUGUCUGGGGGCUCUGGGGGGCUCGCUGAGACAUUUCCUGAGAGAGGAGGCAGCUGGGAGAAACUCAGGCAAGGGGAGGAGGAGCCCCUGUACCCAGAGAGGAGGAGCAGCAGCCCAGCCCCUCAGGACUUCCCCCGUGGGGGAGCAGGGGAAGGAAAUGCCUGUGAGGUCAAGGAUCCAGCCCAGGAGCUCAUCCGCCCUUCUCCAUCCGUGACCCCCACCAGGAGGCUGGAAGAGCUGAGGGACACCAAGGCUUUGUCAUCCUCCCCUCCCAUGCCUGUGAUCCACAACGUCUUCAGCCUGGCUCCUUACCAGGAGUACCUGCGGAGGGCCAAGGAAUCAAACCCCCUCCUGUUCUGCAGGAAGCAUCUGUGGGAGCACUCCUCACCCCAAAAUACAGGUGGCAGCCAGGAGCCUGCUGCUCCCAGAGACGUCUCAGUGGUGUCCAGCCUGGGGUCGGGCAGUGGUGCAGUGCAGAGCCAAGGGGAAAGCUGUUACCCGAGCGUCCCUAAAAAGCCAAAGCCUGAGCCCCAAGAGCUGGAGUCUCAGGAGGACAGCCCUGACGGGGUGGACUCUGAGGAGCUGCCCCCUGAGGAGAUGGCUCUGGACCUUAGCUUCAAGAAGGGACUGGUGGAAGCUGGGGACACCCAGAGACCCACUGAGUGUGUGGAGGGGACAAUGAAUGGAGAAGAUAAGGAGGAGAAGGAAGCUGCAGGAGGGAAGGAGGGGUUGGGAGAGGGUGCACAGCCCCCCAUGCCUGAGGCAGACUCUGGGAGCAGGGGCAACUUCCAGAGCUCAAUCAGCUUCAUGUUCCAAAAAUACAAGCUCCUGCCCUCCCUCCUGCCCAGCACUGAGCCCCCCCAGCGGGAUGGCAGCCCCAAAGCCCCCCAGCCCAGCUCCCCCAGCAGCACCCCCACGUUGGCUCACCCAGCCUCCUCCCCAUCCAACCCCCCGUUGCCACUGCCUGGCCCCCAGCUCAGCAUCAUCGUUGCCCCAAACCUUCCCCAGACCCUGCUUCUCAAAGCCCCAGCCACCCCCGUGGCAGAGAGGGUCUCGGUGGUCAAGCAGGUGGGUGGUGUCCCCACCCAGACCCCCUCUCAGUGUUUCACCUCCCUGCACACCUCGCUGUGUGACACGAUUUCGGGCUCGGUGUCCCGCUCCUCCCCAGAGCUCCUGCGGCAGUGGCUGGAGAAGGCUGAGCCGGCAGAAGAGCUGGGAGAGAUGCCCAAAUCCCUGCCUAAGCCCAAAAAUGGCUCCAAGGCUCCCAAUCCUCACAAACCCAGCAAUGGCAGGGAAAUCUGGUUGGCUUUCCAGGACGUGGCUGGGCUCCUCACCAAACUGCUCUGCCAGCUGGAGAACUUCAAGUCCUCUUGCCCUUUCCCCUACGUCGUCCGGGCGGGAGCCAUCUUCAUCCCCAUCCACGUGGUGAAGGAGAAGCUCUUCCCAAAGCUGCCCGGGAGCUUCGUGGACCAAGUGCUGCAGAAGCACAAGGUGGAGCUUCGUCCCACCACCCUCUCAGAGGAGAAGCACCUGAGGGACCUGGAGCUGAAGAGCUGCACCUCCCGCAUGCUGAAGCUCCUGGCGCUCAAGCAGCUUCGCGAAAUCUACCCCGACCUGCUCAACCUCCACUGGCACAGCUCCAUCCAGCAGCAGCUCGGUUCCAGCUCAGAGACUGGCCAGCAGCCUUCCAAUCAACUCACAACAUAACCUAGCAAGCUGACAGCUUGUCGGAAGCAGAAGAUUGUCCAUGCCCUGGCAUGGCACUGAAAGCUGAUGGCAAAGAGACAGCCACGGACAGAUCAAGGAAAAGGAGGCACUGAGGAAUGUGCCAAGGGCAACAGCCAAAAAAUUAUUGGAAUGGGAAGGUCCUGAGUCCCCAAAGCUGUGGAUGCCAACACCACCAGCAGCCCUGCAGGCACGUGCUCAGCUCCCACCAGCAUCAGGAUCCUCCAGGAUGUUGAUACCUUGCCAGGGCCCCUGUGGGGCUGCUGCUCAGGGUGGAGAACAGCUCAGAGGUGCUCCAGGAACACACACAGGGAUGCUGGUUGGUUAUGAGCCCCUCACUGCAGCUGGAGCUGCUUUUCUUUGAAUGGAUCAUCCUUUAGUGCAUCUUCUGCCUCCAUCUGUGAUUCCCCUGGUGAGCUGAGAGGGAAUGGCUGGAGUGCCAGUGGAGCUGGAUCAGGAGGAGCAUGGAAAUGGCCACAGCACCAUCCCCAGACUUGGAAAAAAGGGACUGCAGGGAUGACAUCCCACCUCCUUCUCUCUCCUCUGAAUCCCCCCUCCUGCUUUAUCCAUGCUAUUCCCAAUAAAGAUCCCUUUCCUCUGAGAUUUUCACCUUUAAAGUGCCACAAAGACCUGGCAUGACAGCAAGGGAAUCGUGACUUGCAUAGUCCCAGGACUAAGUUUUUGUUGUUAUAAAUGAAGACAUUUUACAAAUGUUCUGGAUUUACCUUUAUAAGGAGCUGCUGCCUUCAGGUCAUGUUUUUUGGGUAUUUUUUUUCUUUAAAUACAACAACUUAUACAUGUCAUUUUAUUUAAACUGAAAGGCUGCAAGAAAGAUUUAGAGACUCUUAAAGAAAAGAAAACUAAAUCACUUUACCUCCCAGGUUCUGUCCCAAAGAAGAAUGUGGGAGAUGCACGUUUAGGGACCACCUUGGUGGAGACUAAAGGGGCAGAGAGGGGAGUGAUGCUGCCACACCGUGGAUCCUUUCAUCCCAAAGGGUUACAGGCAUCCCAGGAGGGAUGUGGGCAUCCCAGGACUUACGGACAUCCCCUCACCCUGGGGGGCUGCAGCAGGGUACACAGCAGAGGCCUUAAAAACUCAAAAAACCUCAUUGCUCAGGUGUUCUUCAAGCUGCUGCAAGGGCAUGGAGGAGCAAAACAAGGGUUAUUUUUUAUUUCACUACAGGGAAUAUUUAUAUUAAACUAAGAAAACAGAGGGGGUGAGGGAAGUGACCCUACCCAAACUGUACUUAUUUUAGCCAAAAGGUGUGUUUGCUACUGGGGGAUUUCUGUGGGUGCCUUCCUGGUUUUCUGUGGGGCUGGGGUGGCUGUGGAUGGGAUGGGUGAGGGGGAUGCUGCUGUUCUCCUCACUCCCCCUCACCACUCCAUGCCUGUGCACAGUGAUUUGGAAAGCAGUGUUUGUACAUAAUGUUGUUUUUAUAUAUGUAUAAGGUUCUGGGGAAGAAAGUUCCUUCCCUUUAUUUAAUUUUUUGUAAGAAUAUGAAGAGUUGCUUCACUUGGUUUUAAAGAGUUUGGCCUGUU